AUGACAAUAUUGUUACCAUGUGAUGUUACAGAUUAUUCAUUUAAUGUUACUCUUGCAGGUAUGAAUAAUUCAGGCAAGUUAUUUUGGAAUGCACAAAGCCGGGUGAUUCCUCUGAUAAACAGACCAACUAGCACUGAUGCCUUGAAUAGCACAAUGAUGUCACAGCUGUGGUUAUUAGCACUGGUCGUAUGGCUUACCUCUGCCUCUGCGAUGGACAAGAACAAACGUGCAAUAGGUUUGGACCAAGAUGAAACUGUUGCUGACCGAUGGACCGCAUCACCCUUCGGAUGCGAGUGUUACUUUGAUGCGUCCCGCCAUGACUGUGCAUGUUGUAUAGCUGGUGCCUGUCAGUGCCCUGGUGAUAACAAAAACAAAUGCGUACAGUGUGGAUAUGGUUCGUUAUGCGAUCAAGACCAACCAGUGAUAGAAGGUGUAAUAUCGGAUGGGUGGACAGGACCCAAUGAAUGCGCAUGCCCAGAGGAUCCGUUUGACCGCAGUUGUGCAUGUUGUACAAAUGGCGGAUGUUUGUGUCCACACAAUCAUGACAAGUGCACACAAUGUGGCAAUAAAUGUGGGUGUAGUGAUGGAUGUGACGAUGGUCUAUGUGGUGCAGUUCCUAGUGGAUCGCCUAUUUCUCUCGACAGUGAUGAAGGGUUGCCUAGAGACGGUUUGGGGAUGUUAAAUGAACGAGAUCCAUUACCUGGUAGUGUUCCCCUGGGAGUGGAAUCUGGUCUUAUCCGAGACAGUCAGAUGACGGCUUCAUCAACGGUCGAUAGUAUACUUGGACCACACCGUGGUCGUCUCGGUCUUUACCCGUCCUACUAUGGUUUAGGAGCGUGGUCGGCACUAAUUUCAGACAAUCAUCAAUAUCUGCAGAUUGAUUUGCUCUACCUUACUCUGGUAACUGGUGUCGCUACACAAGGACGUAGUGGAACCAUCAAUGCGGAAUAUGUGACGUCAUAUUAUAUAUACUAUAGCGAGGAUGGCAUGAAUUGGUUGGCUUUUGGUGAUGCAGAACCAUUAUUAAUGAAAGGUAACUCCAAUCCAGACGAUGUAGUGCGUCAUAAUUUGGAAUCUGGUUUCCAUGCUAGGUACAUCAGAAUCGCCCCACAAUCCUAUUUUGGGCGCGUCUCACUUAGAGUCGAAGUAUACGGAAUACCACCAGAAAUUCCCGAUGAAGAGAUCUAUGGUUUAGCAAACUUGGCUUUAGUAAAACCAGCGCAGCUGUCAAGUACGUUACAUACACAGUUCCAUGCAAGAAUUGCUGUAGAUGGCGUCGAAGAUGACGGAGCGGCAAUCAGUAAACAACAAGCACAGCCAUGGUGGUAUGUCGAUCUGCUUGACCACCAUCACGUAUUCUACAUCACUAUUGUAAAUGUUGCUGCCGGAGUAUUCAACGGACUAAACAGUCUGGAAAAUAUUGUGAUUCGAGUCGGUGAUGACCCAGACAUCCAUAAUAAUCCAGUAUGUGGAGAAUUUGAAGAUAUGAUAUCUCUUGGUGAGAUGGUUCAAGUCGAAUGCCUGGAUCAUAAUGGUAUACCGAUGUCUGGUGAAUACGUGAGCGUUGAACUGAAGGCUGAAUACCCAGUACAUCUAGCGUUAGCAGAAGUGUUGGUAUUCGGUGUCCCAAUACCGCUGCCCGGAUUUAGUGGUUUACCUGAUGGUUCACACUAUCUGGGGUUGGAGUCCGGUUUGAUUGACAACUCACAGAUGACAUCCAGCUCACACGAUCCCGCCUAUCCUGCAUUCCAUGGCAGAUUAAAUCUAUUUCAGAAUGCUUGGAUGCCAUCAAGAGACGACCCAGUCCCAUUUAUCCAGAUCGACCUGUUACACUUACAUAUGCUGACAGCCAUCGUAACACAGGGCGUAGCAAUCCCAAAAGAAUAUUGGGUAACCCAAUAUCAGUUACAGCUGAGCUUGGAUGGACACGACUUCGUUCCAUAUAUGGAUGCAAAUGAGAAUGUUAUGGAUUUUGAGGGUAACCACGAUGGUCAUGACAUCAUGCCUCACGUGUUUAAUAGUCCCUUUGAAGCCAGGGUUGUCAGGGUGAUUCCUAAAACGUGGGUCAGAAGACCAGCUAUGAGAAUCGAACUGAUCGGAUAUAAAAUCAACAAUGAACCAAUAGUUCCAGAACCCAACGGUGGUGGUACAGGCACAGGAACCUGUGAACCGAUAGAUUACGAGCUUUGCAGUGCGUUACUGCCAUAUGACUACGGACACUUACCAAACCUACUUGGUGUGCAGGGUGGCAGCCAAUUCGAAUCUGCCAUUUUAGAACACAUACUACACGUGAUCGUGUCUGAUUGUCUGGAACCUGAAUUUUUAACCUUGUUUAUAUGUGGACUGAUGUAUCCCGGAUGUGACGGCUCCGCUGACGUCAUGUUACCAUGUCGUCAGUUCUGUGAGCUGGUAUCGUCUGAGUGCGCGGAGGAACUUGGAUCAGUCGUCGAUCACAGUUUCUGUGAAAACAUGCCAGAUGUAAACAGUGACGGGGAGUGUUUGAUGGAAGACGAUAUACAUAUGAGUCCUGAAAAUAAAUUACUAAUGGAUAGUUGGCUGCAGAGAAUGCUGGGAGACGAACCACCGGCAGGUACUGUGUCACACGAAUCUCCAAUUGUUAUAUACGCUGACGAAGUUGACAUUCUGUGA